UCUACUUGUGAAAGCUGAACUGUUCUUCAGUUGUUGCUGCAGUGGUGCGCGUGCGUGGGACUCUUUCAUCUGGAAUUAGUGAGCAAGCACUUAGCCGGAUGUAAAGCAGUUUGAACGUUGUAUAUAUAUCUAUAUUUUGGAAAUAUCAUCAUUUGUGCUUUACUUUGCGUUACGAUACGUUUCUUUACGAAAAUAAAAAAUCACCAAAUUAAAUAGUAUUAAAUUAAUAUACAAAAAUAUAAGCAAAUAUUUGCUUAUACAUAUUUCAGAUUUGUAUAAAUAUUUCAUUGCGGAAAAAAUAUUUAUUGCUAGAUUACCUUCGUAAAUCAGGUUGUUUUGGGCAUCUUCGGCUGUGAAUGAGGAUUUUCACCGUACUUUUAGGUAAAAACACUUAUUUAUGGAGCAAGGACUGCGUAUAUCAUAUAGAAUAUGACUUCAAACAAACCUUAGCAGGUGAACAUUCGCGUUUAUUUCUGAAGACAAUGACCUUUUUCAAGACCGGAAGUGACGUAAGCGUUUCCAUGUCAAUAUUAUCACGGACUAGUUUAAGAUUCUUGUCAGAAAGCUUAAGAUUGUAUAGGGAUUAGUUGCAGAUUAAAUAUAUAUUGUAUAUACGAUUAGUACAGUGAAUAAUUAAGAGGAGAAGUAAUCCUUGUUUUGUGACAUAUUAAAGAUGAAAGCAUCUGCCACCUCGGUCGAUAUCAAACAAACAUUGCAACAAACUGAUAUCUGUACCAGCAAUUUACCAUCUUGCCGCUGCGGCAGCACGAAAUUCACGUGUAACAGAACAACGAAAGACACUACAACGUGUGACAGCACGACAGUGUAUUACUCUGUGAGGUGUUACAAAGCACGGACGAUGUGCAAACAUACAAAUAGUGCAUGUUGUAUAAUAUUAUAUUUGUUAUUUACGUGUUUUAGCCGAGGAUUUACUGCCUCGAUCAGAAAUCCAGAAGAUCUUGAUGAUAUAAUAGAUCUUGAUCACGAGUAUCUCACGUACGGAAGUUAUCAUAAUAAUGAUGACGUCAUCGAUACUAUACAGUACUACUUCCGGUCUGACAAGGGAGACAAUUAUAAACCUUUAAGACGUAAUACUGCCAUUGAUCUCAGCUCACCUUUAUGUUAUGUAGGUAGCACAUCAACUAACAUCAUUUGUGAAUAUGAACAUAAACAGAAUACUAAUUUUUAUCGGGACGAAGACAAUUCGGUUGCUAUGGCAAUUACAAAUGAAAACGGGACUAUGAAAAUAAGAGGGAUUGUGAACACGAUAGACGCAACAACGGAGUAUGAACCAUUAGAAUCCGAGGGCCUGCCAUCUAAUAGGUACCACGUGAUUAAGAAGAGGUGGACGGCCAAUAUGGUCCAUAAGCGUUCCAAACGCUCAGCUAGCAGACGAGACAAAACAGGAAAACAAAAGAAAAAAUCGAAAAAUGGCGGGAAAAAUAAAGGGUCGUGCAAAACAUGCGGUGUUUCUGUUGGAAUCCAAAUUGGAAUAGGAAUUAACAGCAAGACGGCAAAGCCGUACCAGCCAUAUCCGACCGGGUCUAAAACACCAUACAAAAAGCUACCAGACUGGGUGUCGGAUGAUGGGGCGUCGUGUAUUGACGUGCUAUGUGUAGUAGACUAUAGUAUUUAUAGAAAAUUUAAAGCUUCAGAGAAGUCCGACAAGAAAGCCAUGCAGAAGAUACGAUAUUAUUACGCACACGUUAUAAAUGGGAUGAAUAUGAGAUAUUCAACAAUUGCUCAAAAAGAUUUAAAGAUAAAUGUGCGUCUAGCCGGUUAUUUCAUUGCAAAAAGGCCAAACGAUUUAUCUUUCAUAGAUGCUAAUAAGAUGGCGAAAGAUGCCGGAUAUCGAGUGAACAGUAAUUAUACUCUAACAGAAUUAGAUUCCUUUUUAAAAAGAAUGCAGAAAAGAAAAAAGAACGUGUUACCGGAUUUUAAUCAUGCCAUGUUAUUUUUAGACACUACAAUAGGAGAAUCAUCUGAUCACCAUAUUGAUGAGUCGGUGUAUCAAUACGCAUUCCAGCAUGGUGAACCGAAGGACGGUGUAGCUGGUGAUGACGGAGGAACAAGUUUUGUAAGCGGUAUAUGUUCGGAUUCAAAGAGUACAUCAUUAGUGGUAGAUCACGGAGCUUACACAUCAUCUGGCAUAGGCACGCAUGAACUUGGACAUAAUUUAGGCGUUUACUGGCACGAUGGAGAGGGAACUGCAAGGGGGUCCAGAUGCAACGCUUCUCUGAAUUAUAUCAUGGCCCCCGCUUCGUACCUCAUUGAUGAGAAAAAUCUUCGAUACAGUUUCACGUUUUCCACAUGUUCCACACAGCAAAUUAAAACUCACCUGGACACCUUGAUAAAGUUGAACCGAAACUGCUUGCAGUGUAACCAGCGAGACAGGAAGUCUAAGUCAGACACAAAAAUAGAUAAAGAAGUUGAAAAUCAUUUGAAAAUUUUACCCGGAGAAACGGACAAUGUACAUACACAAUGUCGACAGUUAUAUGGACAGGGAUCCUUUAUGUGUCCGCCAAAUAGCCCUGACGAAAUGUGUUAUAGAAUGUAUUGCUACGACCCGAAGCGUAGUGCAUGCGCAAUCAUCAGUGAACAAAUGGCGGCCACCGGAACACCAUGUGGUAGAUACAAGGUGUGCAACAUGGGCAAAUGUGUGAGCGAUUCCAAAGGAAAAGAUGUUCCAGAUGAUUGUCCAUAUCCAGAUAUACCGUCAUAUGGAGCCCACUGUGAGGACGCCACACCAUUUAUGUGUAAAAAUGACAAGUUUAGGCAAAAAUGCUGUAACUCUUGCAGUAAACAAUUGAUACAGACCGGAAAUUCCGGAGUCAUGAUACACAUUGGUGUUGGUUCCCGACUAGGACCGCAGGCACCAUCUAUCAGAAACCAGUUCGGAACCAGCGGUGGUCUUCUAUCAAACAUAAUAAAUAGGCAAUAUGAAGCAGGAAGAAGAUUAAAAUACGGCUCAUUUACCCCAUUUAUUCUCAACACCCUUAUAUCGAGCUCGAAGGACAGGUCCUCAGGGCACAGCAACUGUUACCCUUAUAUCGAGAUCGAAGGACAGGUUCUCAGGGCACAACAACUGUUACCCUUAUAUCGAGAUCGAAGGACAGGUCCUCAGGGCACAGCAACUGUUACCCUUAUAUCGAGAUCGAAGGACAGGUUCUCAGGGCACAACAACUGUUACCCUUAUAUCGAGAUCGAAGGGCAGGUCCUCAGGGCACAGCAACUGUUACCCUUAUAUCGAGAUCGAAGGACAGGUCCUCAGGGCACAGCAACUGUUACCCUUAUAUCGAGAUCGAAGGACAGGUUCUCAGGGCACAACAACUGUUACCCUUAUAUCGAGAUCGAAGGGCAGGUCCUCAGGGCACAACAAUUGUUACCCUUAUAUAGAGAUCGAAGGACAGGUCCUCGGGGCACAGCAAGUAUAACGGUAACUCGAGUAUCUCUAAGUGUUGGUUUUGAAAACCUUUGCUGGAGAUACAGAAAAAUUAUUGGUAAUAAGUUUUGCCUGCUCUUCAUCAGGGAUUAUUUUAGUUCCCUUUCCUACUAUAUUUGA